UCAGAAUCAACGAUACUCUACAGGGACACAAUAAUAUGUCAGAGGGAGGAGAGGAUUUUGUCAGAAUCAAUGAUACUCUACAGGGACACAAUAAGAUGUCAGAGGGAAGAGAGGAUUUUGUCAGAAUCAAUGAUACUCUACAGGGACACAAUAAGAUGUCAGAGGGAGGAGAGGAUUUUGUCAGAAUCAACGAUACUCUACAGGGACACAAUAAGAUGUCAGAGGGAGGAGAGGAUUUUGUCAGAAUCAACGAUACUCUACAGGGACACAAUAAGAUGUCAGAGGGAGGAGAGGAUUUUGUCAGAAUCAAUGAUACUCUACAGGGACACAUAAACGCACUGGCUGGUAAAACACGUCAUAAAUGUGAUGUUUGUGCUAGAGAAUUCAGUCAAAGUAGUCACUUAAGGGAACACACGAGAAUACAUACCGGUGAAAAACCUUAUAAAUGUGAUGUUUGUGCUAGAGAAUUUACUAAAAUACAUGACUUAAAGAGGCAUAUGAGAAUACAUACUGGCGAAAAGCCAUAUAAAUGUGAUGUUUGUGCUAUUGCAUUUUCUCGCAGUGCUGUCUUUCAUGCACACAUGGAUACACAUAGUGAUGACCAUCAUAAAUGUGAAUUAUGUGGAAAAGGGUUUAGUGAGAUUGGAAGAUUUCAAAUUCACAUGAGAAUACAUACAGGUGAGAAACCUUAUGUCUGUGACGUAUGUGGGAAAGGGUUAAGUCGGCCUAGUAGUUUACGGAGACAUAUGAGACUGCACACAGGUGAAAAACAUGACAAACCUCAUGGCUGUGAUACUUGUGGUAAACGGUUUAGUCAGCUGAGUAGUUUAAAAACUCACAUGAGAACACAUACCGGUUAUAAACCUCAUGAGUGUGAUGUAUGUGGUAGAGGGUUUAGUGUGCAAAGUGGUUUACAGAGUCACAAGAGAACACAUACUGGUUAUAAACCUCAUGAGUGUGAUUUAUGUGAACAGAGGUUUAUUACAGCUAGUAGUUUACAGAAGCACAAGAUAAUACAUACAGGUGAUAAACCUUACGAGUGUGAUUUAUGUGGAAAGAGGUUUAGUCAGCAUAGUAGUUUACAGAAACACAAGAGAAUACAUACAGGUGAUAAACCUCACGAGUGUGAUUUAUGUGGUAAAAAGUUUAGUCAGCAUAGUAGUUUACAGAAACACAAGAGAAUACAUACAGGUGAUAAACCUUACGAGUGUGAUUUAUGUGGUAAAAAGUUUAGUCAGUAUAGUAGUUUACAGAGUCACAAGAGAAUACAUACAGGUGAUACACCUCUAGAGUGUGAUUUAUGUGAUCUACGGUUCAAUCGACAUAGUAGUUUACACACUCACAUGAGAAUACAUACAGGUGAAAACCCUUAUCACUGUGGUGUAUGUGGUAAACAGUUUAGUCAGCUUAGUAUUUUACUAAACCACAUGAGAACACAUACUGAUGAUAAACAUCAUUAACCUGUGGUGUAAGUGAUAAAGCGUUUAGUAAGCAAGGUGAUUUAUAGACUCACAUGAGAACACAUACAGGUGAUUUGUAGACUCACAUGAGAACACAUACAGUAGAUUUAUAGACUCACAUGAGAACACAUACAGAUGAUUUAUAUACUCACAUGAGAACACAUACAGGUGAUUUAUAGACUCACAUGAUAACCCAUACAGGUGAUUUAUAGACUCACAUAAUAACACAUAAAGGUGAUAUUUAAACCGUAUAACUGUUGUGAAUGUGAUAAAGGGUUUAGUCAAAUUGCUAAUAUAAAAAGACACACGAAAAGACAUUCACGUGUUUAACCUCAUGACUGUAUUGUAAGUGGCAAUUAAAAGUGUUUCAUUAUCUUUGUGAUUU